UGUGCUUGUUCAAGUGAUCGAGAGUACAGCGAAGAUUUUUACCUUUACAAGAUCAAGUUCAGGUUUGGCAUAGUUUCAAAUGUUUUAUUUCCUUUUGGGUUCAAUCGUUUUUCGCUUGAGUUGUUGUAACGCGCAUUCAUACCUUUCGCUAUUUCAGUGGCGGGUUUCCUCGCGUGUCAUAUUUGCUUUUGACUGAAAUUGUAUCGUCUUAAAACAGAAGAUUAUGCCCUCUGUGGCAAAGAUGGCCCUGAGCUCUCCUUUUUGUUUUCUCACUUUUGAAGUUGUUGAGUUACUCAUGACAAGUAUUUCGCACAAAGGAUCUCUAAAGUAUCGCAAAUUUUUGCCAAAGUUUGUCCCGUAUUAAAAAAUCCCUCAGUGCUGAUUCAAAGGUUUGUCACAGAUUCAUGAAAUUCUUUAGUACAACCUUCCGGGAAAAUAUCAGAUGUGGUCGAACCGCGUAGUGAAAAUUGAAAGUAAAACUAUUUCGUCAGCAUAAACAUUAAGUAAAUAUUUUAAAAGAAUGUGUUGAAUUGACAAAAAUCGCUGAGCGGAACUCACUACUGCGUCAUCAAAUCUAACACAUUUCGAAUGGGAAUUUCCAAGGGUUUUUCUCUUUCCUGUGUAAAACUGAUUUCUGUCAAACUUGAAGCUCAGACGGUAAGCUCUCUUUCAGAAUUAAGUUUAUCAUGAUAGUGUGCUCCACUUUUCGCGUUUGGUGAUUUCAUUUCCGUUUUGUUAUACGGAAUGAUAUUCUGCCGAAGAGGCGGUUUUAGUUCAAAACCAAGACGUCCCGGAAAAUGUUGAACAACUUUAAAUGUAUUAGCCCAUUAGGUUGAAUUAAGAACUUUGUAAUUGUUCAUGAGUGAAAAAGGAAUAUUCUAGCGAGGGCUGAUGUAAAGGCAUCUUUCAUUUACCUGUCGAAAGGUUUCUCAAACUGUAGCUGAAGAAGAUGGCGUAUAAAAUUUUCAGUUCGGUCAUCAAAUGAUAAAAGAUUACAUCCAUUUUCCAAUGAUAUGGUAUUAAGAAAAAAUCUUACUUAUCCACCAGAAUUCGGGCCUUAAACGUUUAGAUUUCGCGGUGCGAUGUUCCAGAAGAGAAAGCUUCUAUACAGAGCCAUACCGUCUUUGUUUACAUAUAAAAUUGGAAUCUUAACGGUUCGGGCGAAAUCUAUACAUCGUUUGGACAGUUUUUCCGAUAUGAAUGGUGAAAUAGAUAAAAACCAUUAAUCCUGUCAAAAUUAGUAGUUAAAGCUUUAUUGUUUUAAGAAUAUAAUUGUUAUAGAAUUUGCUGGCAGAGGGCUCGUAGAUUGGCGAUUAAACCGAUUUUCAUUAAUCUGUGAUUUUGACGCGAAAAACAAGAAGAAAAAAAAGCCCCGUGAACACAUAUUGUAUUACUGUCUGUUCUACAGUCUGACGAGGGAUUAAGAGAAAUCAUUACUUGAGAAAUAUUCUGGAUUUUUCCAAAAUACAUGUCCAGUCAAAACUUGUUCCUUUAUUUAGUUGUUUACAAUAGGAAAUCGAAUCUUUCUUUCAUUUGAGUUUUGCACGCCGUAGGUUAAUUCGGCUUGUCUUCAACUUAUCUGUGGAAACUUUCUCUUUUCUUUAGUGAUUUCAGGUUAAUUUUCUAACAAAGAGAUGCAGCCAAUAAAAGAAAGGCAAAUAAAGCCUCAUCAGUGCAAACAUUGUCCGAAGUCUUUCAAGAGUUCUAACGGUUUGAAGUAUCAUUUGGAAAAGGUACACUUUGACGAAGAGAACAAGAUGGAAGAAGGGAAAAGCUUCUUUUCAAUGGAAGGUAUGAUAGGCAGAUUAUGUAUUUCUAGCUUGUUCAUAAAUGCUAUCGUUUUGUUCAAGAAUGAAAGGGGAAUUUUUCACGAGUAGAAAUUCUCUAGAUAAUUUUCUAAACAAGCCUGUUCUUAGUCCAGACAGCUUCAGAUAAAUGUUUUGAAUGGAAACAUGGUGUAAUCCGUUCUAAAUUUGUAGCUGCAUUUUUAAACCAUGAGAGUAUAUGAUUGAUAAAAGCGAACCUUUUCAGUGAUGAAUUAUUGAACUAAAGUACGAUCGUCAUUUCAGGGAAGAUUUCAUCCGUCUUUUGUUUUUUUUCCGCGUCAUUUCACAUUUGUUGAACAGAAAGCUUGUUAAACCGCCCUUAAAUGCUUUUUAACACGUCUAUCAUUGUUGUCAAUAAAAAUUACCGAUAUAUCUUUGAUGUUGAAUAAAUUGUCCGUAAACUGUGGUAAAUUACAGCCGAUAAAAAUCGUUCUUUUCUUCCGUGAUCGUUUAGUAAAUUUAUCAGAGAAGUAUGUUUCCUGAAUUACAAAUAAAAUUUUGAGUCAUCCUCAGGAUAUUUUAAGUGGAGUAGGAAUCCGUUUCCUGUCUACGUAAAAAUGAAAGUGGAGGAUAAAAAUUGUUCAAGUACGCUCACGAAAAAAAAAAUCAUAAUUUAAUGAGAUUCAACGGAUUUUGUUUCACGUGUCAACAAAGAUAUUCUUUCCUAACCAUCUCUCGCAGGUGUACUUGGCUAAUGAUGUUUAAGAAAAACUGAUCUUUCUUAAAAAAAAAAGCCUCCAAACGGUAAAACUCAGAAAAGUAUGAGCCAAACAAGCGAAGGAAAUGACUGAGAGUCUCGUUGAAAAAAAAAAAACUGUCAAAUCUUGAAGUCAAUCACAAGACAUAAUUGUGCGACAAGUCUGUCUGAUCGAGAAAGAUUAUAUGAUUUUCCCGUCCAGUGUGUAGAAGUGUGUGAAGUUUUAAUAGUUUCUAAAAUCGGAAAAUUUUCUUAAAUGGGAUGCCUCAUAGAGGACUUUUAAGUAGAAUGAGAGGACAGAAUCCUUCAUGUCCUUAUCUUAACAAGUAUUGAUCUGAUACACAGACAGAUUAAUCCUUAAUAUCUAAACUAGCUUUCACACGUCACUUCCCUUUACGAAAGGAUGAACACAACAGCUUGGCACUCGCAGUUUCGAUGUGUACCCUGAAAAAAAAAUUGAGUUUAACCUUUGUUUUGAUUUCACCAAAAUCAGCUGAUUCUAACAGGUUUCCGGCCACGAGAUAUUACACAUGAUGGCAAAUGGUAGUAAAAAUUCUGAAAAUAGAGUUUGUAACGCGGGGAAUCACACACGUGAUUAUGGUGGAUGAGAGAUCAUUUAACAAGAUUAGUCCUUAAUAACUGAACUAGCUUUGACGCGUUACAACCCUUUACGAAAGGAUGAACACGAAAGCUCCGCGCACGCUGUUUCGAUGCUUACCCUGAGAAAAAUAUUGAAUUUAACCUAUGUUUUGAUUUUACCAAAAUCAGCUGGUUCUAACAGGUUUCCGGCCACGAGAUAUUACACAUGAUGGCAAAACCGAAUGAAAUGGCUAUCUCGUCGGUUCCGGUUCUUAAACCGGGCAUGACUCAUCUGAAAGCACGUGAUUAUGGCGGACAAGAAAUUUCACUAAAAGACACCUGCUAUAACGCUGUGGAAAGAAUCUUCUUUCGACUUAACUUUUAGCCUGAUGCCUGCGCCGAUUUCAGCGUUAAGUCCUGCGUAGAAUAAAUUCAAUCUUUUAAUACAAUUGGAAAAGCCCAGGUAACCUUUAAUCAAAAAUCAAAAAGGCCGAGGACUUUACACUUUUAAAACAAGUUUCGCAGCCAGCAAUCUUCAAACGUGUUCCGGCCCUGCAUGUCCGCUUAAAGUAGUGUAAAUUUCUGCUUGAACAAACAAUCAAGCGUAGAUGUCUGUAUUUUAAUCUGAAGCAUGCCAUUGCAUGUAAAUGAAAGAAAAAUAUUUUGCAAACUUUAAAUAAAUAGAGUAUUCAAAAUUUUGUGCUCUGACGAAUGUGACACUCUCGCAAGCGAUUUAAAUAGAGGUGGAGAUUGUGUUGCAACUUUUACUGCCGAAGAAAUUUAUCAUUUUGUCGCGAGUAUAGUUGUUUAAAAAUCUAUUUUCGGUGGAAUAAAAGGAUCUUGGCCCACUCUCAUCAUUCAAAAUCGCCUUUUCAUUGAUGAGUUAAAAGCGUGCGGAUGUUAUUAGGCAAGGUAUGGGAAAAGGCUAUCACAGGAUCUUAGCAAAAUUCAGGACGUAUUUCGCAUACAAACCUAGAGUUUGAUCCUUGGCUCGCGGGCAAGUUCUUUUUAGCUCGGUAGAGCUGAAAAAUCACACCCUUCUCGCGAAAAUUAUUUAAUAUAGAAUCAGUUAAGUUUUUAGAAGUUUACGACUCACGAUAAUGUGAUAAAAGCGUCUGUAAGCUGCGUCACAAGCAUUCUUCGAAACAAUUUCAUGCUUUACAUACAUUUUUUUUCCAGUUUUGAUGUUGUUAAAACUACUAGAGAGUAUUUUUUACUCACUUACUUUACCUUUCAUUAAACAAAAUUGCUUUCUAAAUGAAUUCAGCAAGUGAAUUCAGCAUUUUUAGACCAGUCCUCAAAACAAGAAUGAAAUGUUUAUACAAUCAGUUUUUUUUUUUUACCCGUCAGCCUGUUGUAUUUAGAUAUUUCGUAAUCAUGAACUUAUGUGCGCAACUGCUGUGAUCCUUAUGACGUUUUUGUCUCGCAAGCCGUUGGAUACUACUUGUUGAAGAAAAUGUCGAGUCUGAACUCAGCCACCAUGUUAUUGUGAAACCAAUCAAAUACGUUAAAUUUCGUAACCGAAAUCUUUCAGUGGCAUUAAACCUUUUUUUUCCUUCAUCAUUCAGAAAACUCUUCACAAAUGCUUGCAAAGCCUCGCACCAUUCCCCCUGCCCUAAAUCUGCGCGCAGAGGAAGUAACUUUGCUGACGGAGUUUGCCCUGAUUGCUACCAGUCCACAAAGUCCACUGGUGAGAGAAGUAUGCGGGGAGAACUCUUACGUCAGGCGCCGUGAAGAUGACAGUCCACCACCUCAGCUUAUGGUAUGUAGAUGGAAUACUGGGUGGAGAGGAGAUAGUUUUCCUUUAACUGCACCUUUUACGAGUGUAACGUGCAAUAGCUUUCAUCUUUCUUGCUUUGGAUGGAAAAAUGAACGCUAUGCAGCGCAAAUUCAGAAAUACCAUACAUAACAUUAAAAUUAGGAGAUUUAGGAACCAUUCAGGAGGGGUUUGGUUGUAUCCCAAUAAAAUUUACCUGAUCCCCUGAUAAGAGGGCUCUGUAAUAUUCUAGUGAUCGUCUUUCUCACCCCCCCGCUUUCCCCCCCCCACAUUGGUAAUUAAAACUAUUCAGCCCUUUAAACUUUUUUAGAAACAAAUAGUCCCCAUUUGUUCUCCCUAACCCCUGAACCCCAUGUGAUCCCUCCAAAAUCCUCGAGUCCUCCCCCCCAAACUGGGAGGGGGAGGGGAAAUAUUUUGAAAGAUAAUUUGGUUUUAUCAACCGAGAUGAUAAUGCAGAUUGGCCGCUGGAAAGAGUUUCUUAAGCUGAUUUUUCGAGCGUUAGCCCCUCGUCAGAGCGAGUUUUGAACGUCUUCUCCGCCAGGGACCUAGAAAUCUAUUAAUUUGCCUUUUGCAUUUUCACUUCUCUUCCUACCUCCAUUGCUUGCCGAAAAACCGCCAAUGUAAGCGGUCUAGACGGCUUCUGCGUCCGGCAACAAAGACCGCACGGUAUAUAAGGAAAUAAAAACUGACUGCCCAUAGAAAUAUAAAUAGCUAAUGAUAUUAUCUUCGCGUUUCCGUUUGCGUAAAUAAGUCGGUAAAUCAAUAUAUUUUAAAUUGCAUGAUAUUUCGAUGUUGGCUUGAGAUGAAAAAGUGUUAUUUCCAAAUAAAGAAGUUUCUAGAUCACAGCGCCUUCCGGAAUAAAUUUCUUUGAACUGAAAGGAAAUUCCGCUUUAAUUGCACGUAGGGGCUAAAAAUAUUCAACUGUAUUCAUUUUUUCCGGGAAUCUGUUGAUAUGCCUGAGGCAUGGGAAAUGCGUGGUUUUCAGGAAAAGGUUGAAGCCAUUUGGCGAAAUGUGAUUAAGUGUAAGGGUCGGUUGAUCGUUUAUGAUAUGAGUUGUGAGAGAGUUUUCAAAUCUACCAGAAUAUCAAAGAAAUAUGUAAUUAGAAAGUUUAAAAAUCUUUAUCAUGAUUUUCUUAUCAACAAAUUCUAAAAACACCAUAAUACAUAUACAGAAUAUCACGACUAAGGACAGUAUAUUUCUAUUUUUAGAAUUUUUCAUUGGAGACGUUUCUUCUUUGAGGCAUUUAAUAUUGUUCAAAACUUGUUUCUUUUUUUUUGUCAAUUCAACUUAUAGCGAUUUUCGGUAGUCUUUGGAAAAUAUUUACAACAGCGCAAGCACAAACGUUCAAACAAACGUUGGAAAACUUUUGCGUGGUAUAGACAGUUGAUAGUAUCUUUCAGUGGCUUAAGUGUACGCAAACUUUAUAUCUAUUAUCUGUUCUCCUUUUUAGGAUCUUCAGUCCACUGGUAAUUGGCGAUGUGUUUCAAAAACCACUUCAGAAAAUCUAUCACAAACAGAAUUGCUAAACACUACACCAGCUGCCAAGCGGCAAUAUUUUAUGGCGGGAACCAAAUUGAGUUUCCCGGAUGAAGAUGGCUGGACAUGGCGAACGGUCGACGAUCUCGAUAUGGAUGAAAUAUCCGCUGACAUGUUUCGGGAUGGACUUCGAGUCAUGGACUACCAGAGGAUUGAAGCGAAAUUUGAUAACAAUACCACGGUAUGUUAAGAGUUUGGUUUGUUAAGAUUGAAUUAUUUCCCCCUAAUUAAUUUGUUUAGGGUACAAUUUAUUAAAACGAAGAGGAAGUAUGGCCUCUUGUAAGCCUCUUCUUCUUUAACCUGCUGACCGAUUUAUUGACGGUUUCAAAGUAAUUGUUAAACAGACUGACUAAGUAACUGACAGACCGACUUAUAGAUUGACUUAUUGCUGCAUAAGUAACGAACAGGUAAAUAAAAUUGUUGACAAACUGAAUCGCUUGAUGGUUUACUCAGUGACUCAGUUACUAACUCACUGACCGACCGAACGAUCAACUGAAAGAUUGGUUGACUCACCAACUGACUGACUGACAUUUCGCUGAUUGUUCGCCCAUAAGCCAAUUCUACAAAUGCCUCGACUAAAAAUGUUUAGUUUACCGACCCUUAAACCCUCCUUUAUUCCUUACUAGGAUGAAUUCAUCGUAACUUUCAAAUCAUGCAGUAAUGAAGAAACAAAUUUUCAAGCAGAAAUCACCGCUGAUCAUCCGUUCCUCGUCAAGGGUGCAGACACAACAGGUUGGGCGUCGUUUGACCCAGCAGCGACCGAAUCGCAUUAUGGGAUAAGUUGCCAGCCAUUGCGACGUAAUGUCUGUGUAUUGCCAUAUGACUCAGAAGUUGUGGGAUUGACUUUGAACGGAAAGCAAUUGGAUGGAAAGGAGAAAACGUACGUCAAAUAAGAGCAUUCUCUCUCAUACACCGUAUUUUUAGUUUCUUAUCAAUAAUUUUUUUCCUAUUUUAGGUCAGAAUUUACUGCCAUGGAUUCCACAGCCGCUCUUACACUCAGUAGUAUGGCCAAGGUAUGUGCAAGGAGAUAAACAAUAAACUGUCGUGUGCCACAGGUCUUCCAGAAGCCUGGAACGAGUCAGGAAACCUACGAAGUUUAUGAGAAAUGUCAAAAUAGCCUUAUAUAGAGAAGAUAGAAUUGUAUGAUAAAGUUUAAUCUUGGUUGUAAAAUUACGAAUAAUCUUUUUUCAUAUAACAGGAUAAAGAGGAACACAGUCACCGAAGAACCAAACUUUUCUCAGGGUCCCAUAGUCCACCCAGCCCGGUUAAAAGAAACAAUACGCAUCAGUUUAACAAAAGACCAAUGAACGCCUUCAUGUUAUUUGCUAAACGCUUUCGAUUGGAAAUAACUCAGGCUCAUCCAGGCAAAGACAAUAGGUAAGCAUGUAUUUUUCACGAUCGUGGUUGAGGUGGGGAGGGAGGGGGAGGAAGGGUAGAUAAGCAGAAUUUUUUUUUAUCAAGAGGGGGGAGAGGGUUAAACACCGACGUUUCAUUGCGAAUAAGAACAUAUUUCAAUUUUUCAUUUUUCAAAAGAACUGAAAGAUCUUCAGAGCAGAAGGGUUGAGUAAACGUACCUCCUUGAACCAUCCCCUAAGAAAUUUCUUGCAUGGCUUUAUAAAAAAAUUCAGCAAAUCCAGUAGGUGUCGAUCUGGUCACUUCUUUUGUUAGAAUUUUGUUGCCUAUGUGAGGACGAAAAUAAAGUAUUCUAUCUAUUUGAAAGGUAUUUAAACACACUGUCUCGGUGAUGUUAAUCUAUACGUAAUUAUGUAAUUAGUAAAGUACUGUGAUUUAGUAUUCUCUCAUUAGACCAUUUUAGCUUUUGAAGACUGGCCCUAGAUUUUAUUUUAAGAAUGACCAAAACCGACAAAGAUGACGAUGUUUUAACGCCUCAUCAUCGCUUUUUUUAGGGCAAUAAGUGUGAUUCUUGGUGACAAAUGGAAGGCCAUGAAGCAAGAGGAUAGGAAAGAGUAUGUGCUCCAAGCAAAACUGUUAGCGGAUGAACACAAACGAGUGAAUCCAGACUGUUGGAAGAGAAAGAGAACCUCUGAGGUCAGUUUAUAACUCUUCUUUCUCCUCACAUUUCUAAUCUAACAUCUAGAUCUCGAGCUCGAGAUUUCUCUCGCGUGAUAGCUGAUGAGAGCGAAACUCGAAUCAACUAACACGCAUAGAAAUCAAGAGCGAAUAACGCAAUUGUUUUAGCAUAAAUUUUCUAGUCUUUUAAAACUUUACAACAAGAAAAGCUCACGGCUUUGUUCAGGCCACUCACUUCUCGCUGUUUAUCACGGAAUAGCGACGAUUAUCGUAGCCAUUCGGAUUGCAGCAUUUAUGAUAGAAUGCCAGGAAAUUUAUGUUGAAAAUACGUAUCGGCUAAGGCUAUAGUUGGGAGAAAACACAUCGCUAUCAGCCCAAUUCUUAUGGUGUCUCAAGCGAUAUACUGGGUUCUUUUAUCUGUCGUGAUCUUGAGGGACAUGAAUUCAGGGAAUUGGAAAAAUUAGUUGAAAUAAAAGUGAUGAGGUAAUUUUAGAAAUACAACUUUUAGCUUUUAGAGGUUGUAGGCCACGUUAGGCGAGAUGCUGUUACUGAUAACCGAAGAUUUCUUGAGAAUCUCAACACGAGCUCUCGUUAAACAGCGGUCAUUUGAGCCUCGUAGGCGCGAGGAAGAAAAUUAGACAACUGAAGAGAGAGACACGCAACACAAAUUCUACCAUGUUUAUUUUCUCAACAAAAAAAAAAAUUCACAAGUCCACUUUCUUUGGUUACAUCGUGCGAAGUUUCUUUAAACUAACUUCCACUUUAAUUCCUUGGCAGGGUUCCUCCAAGAUAAGCUACAGAAGACCAUGAAAGUGUGCUGCAGUAGUAGAUACCCAGAUACCUAAUAUAUUUUUUUUCUGCAAUAUAUCAGAUAUAUUUUGAACCAAGUCAAAAGUAUUUUUUCAUUGACGGAAAACAAGGCAUUAGUUAUACUAUGUAUAACGUAUUUAUAAGGCUUCUUUGUAAAUAAUUUAACAUAGUUUUGAAAUGCUUUUAUUGGGUACUGAUUUUAUAGAAUAGUAUUGAGAGUUUGGUAAGUUAUUUUGUCCUAUACACCUGGUUGUGAUUAAAUCAGCUUGGAAAACGAACUCUACGUCUGUGUGCCCUUUUUCGUAGUGAUUUGGAUGAAUCAUCAAGCUUGAGAUAAUACUUUUGAAGCUCAGAGAUUUUCUAAGUAAUUAAGCGCUUCCAAAUGUAAAAAAAGUUGUAAACAAUCCAGAAGAUUGAUAGAAGUUUUCAGAAAAGUUCCCAGAGACUUCGCUUCGGGAUACAUCUCAAGCUUGUUAGCUGUAAUACAAUUUUCGGAAUUUCGUGAUAUGUUUUUCAUUUUCCUUUUAAGUUGGUUUUAUUCAUGUGGAAUAGAACCUGAGUUGAGGAAUACUUUUAUCAACUUGAUUGAAUCACCUGGCUUUCUUGACUCAUUUAGUUAUCAAGAUUAUUUGGUUUUAUCAACUAAGCUGAUAAUGUAAAUUGGCCACCGUAAGGAGUGUCCAUAGCUGAUGUUUCAAGAGUAAGCCCGCUGGUCAGAGCUCUUCUUUUCGCUCCAUUGACGCAGCAGCACAAUUCAUUUUCCCUCAAAAACUUACCCUCUUUAGUGAUUUAGUUAUCGUCUACACUUUACCCGCUUCAUUACUCGAUAUCAAAAUUUUUUAACGCUUUCUUGGUCAUUUAAUAUCGGCUAUGUCGAUUUAAUUUCCUCAAAUAGACGCCGAACGAAAUUUCGUCUGCUGUGAAACUUCGAGAAAUUGCAUGCGAAGUUCAACUAUUUUUAUCUUCUUCAAGGAUAUUCCAUAGUAUAACACGCAUGACUGAGACACACGCAACAAAAAGGUCGGCUUUUUCAUGAACUAAGUUUGUCAGGUAAUUCCACAGGUAUCCUAACUCCUUAUCAGCCAUAACCGUUAUAAGACAUUGCCUCUUCGAUGGUGUUUGUGUUUCCGUGCAUUCUAGGGUCGUUUCAAAGCGAUUCCAGCGUGUCUUAUAUUUACUGUUUUCUCGAUACAUUUUGGAAAAACACCUUUCCGCAAGUUGUUGCACAAUUUUAUAUAAUGUUCACAGCCGUAAAGGUGCAUGGAUAGCUAUGUUUCCUCCAAGGAGCACAAGAGUUUUCUCUCUCAUUAUAAAUCGUGCUCUUAUUUUCUUUAUAAAACAACUACAGAUUAAUCCACAGCAGAAUGAUAUAAUAAAUAUCGCAAAACAUGUUUUCAAAAAAUACUCUUGAACAUAAGAUUUGAAAGGAAGUGUAGACAAAGUCCUCUCGAAGGUUAACAAAGGCUCAGGCCGGAUUACUUGGCCGCAUUCGGUCAAGCCAGUCGCUGUCAAUGUGUGUACAAUUCCCUCCUUCUACCACAGUUAUUUGAAUGAGGGUGGGGGCUAUAGGUUGCGUGCAGCAAAGCUCAGCGACAACCCAAAAGCUGCACGUAUUUCAUUCAGAAGGGAUAACUCUGACGAGGCUAUGGGGACUUUAGGCUGGUCUGACUUGGAAACAAUUAGAAAACGAAACAGAUGAGAUUUAAAAUGUUUGAAUAACCUAGUGCUGGAAUACCAUAAGGAGUAUUUGAUCAAAAAUAACCCAUUCCAUUCAAAUAAUGCAAGAACGAAUGACAACAUCAUGUGCGCAGGCCAAAGCUUAGCCUGGGAAAGAGAAAAGUUUAAUAUUUUGAUCGGCCUUUCUAUCAAUCUAUCUAUCUGGCUAUCUAACUAUCUAUCAAUCGAUUUUUCUAUCAAUCUAUCUAUCUAACUAUUUAUCAAUAAAUCUUUCAAUCAAUCUAUAUCGAUCUAUCUAUCUAUCUAUCUAUCUAUCAAUCUUUCUAGCAAUCUUUCGAUCAAUCAAUCAAUCUAUCUAUCUAUCUGUCUAUCAAUCUUUCUAUCAAUCUUUCUAUCAAUCUCUCAAUCAAUCAAUCUAUCUAUCUAGCUAUCUAUUUAUCUAUCUAGCUAUGAUGGUAUGAGGAAUUGCUAUACGGCUCUGUGCAGAAGCCCUGAAGAUAAAGCAAGAGCCUUGUUCUGAUUGAUUGCCUUCGAGAGUAGGACGAGCCGCUCGAAAUUGCCCGCUUUGAUCCCACGAAAACAAAUCUCUUUUGAUCAGAAGCAAUAUUCAGCUAUCCUUACCUCAGGCUUGAUCAAUAAAACAGACUGUGACAUCCAGCGCGCAGCUGCUAAAUUCACGAUUAUGCAUGGUACCCUCCAUUUCCCUACAUCCUUGAAUCUCCCUGAUAUCAACAGCCAUUAAGUAAAAAAUUUAACAAAUCUUAAAGCAUGUUGCUGUUUCGGAAAAAUUAAUUAAAAAAAAAACCCUUUGCCUGUCAGAAAAAAUAAAAAAUUCUUCCGUGUAUUGCUUUGUCGUAAUUUUCCGACCGUCAAAACUUGAAUAUGGAGAACGCGUGUUUAAAUAUAGCAGUUUAUACUGAAAAGCUGUAGGCUAAUGUCAAAACCAACAUAGAAGAUAUAUUCUGCGCACUGGAUUCAAAUUAGAACACAUUUUACAACGAUUGUUCUCGAAUCACUGUGAGAACGCUUUGUUUGAUUUCUCUCUCUCUCUCUCUCUCUGUUUCCUGUGUAUGCUCUAAGUCCGAUAUGACGUAGGAAGUGAAACAUAAGAUAUCAUAACCAAUACAAGAUAUGGAAAAAAAAACAAAAGAAAAAGAAUUUUACUUUAUUUUUUGGUACAUAUAUUAUAUUUGUUUAUUUUUUCGGCGCAUUAACCUACGCGGGGUGUUGGGAGAACACGAGAAUAUUUGUAAAUCACGAACCGGAGGAAAGUGAUUUACGAACUCUUUGAGUGUUCUCCCGACAUCCCAAGUCGUUUUCUUCGCCGGUAAACCGAUGGAAAGUGCGGCCUUCAAUUAAACCCCGAAAAGUUUCAAUUUUUUAUGGGUUUACUGGUGUAACAUAGGUUUUUUACCAAUCAGGCCGUUCGUGGUACCUUAGUUAAAUUUUUAAUCGGGCAUAACACUUAACGCUUUAUUUAUAAUUAGUACGGUAGACAUUUACGUAAAAACCCAGACAUAAAAGUAUGCAAUGCAUACUUCUAAAUUGUGGAGAUUAUCUUAGUGAAAAACUGAGGAUUUCUGAAGCACGACUUCAAGGUUUCUAUAAAAAAAAAUGAGUCGUAUGUUAAGAACUUUAAGUUACACCUCCGCUGAUUAUCUGUCCUUCGGCAUGAAUCGCGUCUUCUAUUUUGGAUAAAAAACCAUUGAAUUGAAAAUUGCGGAAGUUCAUCCCAGGAGGGUUCCCAGCAUACCUAAAAUCACCUACGCAGAUAUCUUUUUCAGACAUUUUCUGCUCAAAGCCUUGCUUUUUCCUCCAUUCGUUUAAUUUUUCCUUUCGUUCUGAUUGUUCAAAAGUGCUUGCAUUAUCUCUUAGGAACAGUAAAGCUCAUUGUUUCAUUAUAAGUUUCUAAAAGCACUUAAGUUUCAACUGCCCGUGAAAUUCAUCUCAGUAAUGUUUCGUGUUUGAAGUAGGCCGACAGAAUUUUCCCACGGAUCUUCGUGGAUGUUAUAGGUGUAAUAAGCGUCUGAGAGCCAGGAAAAAAAGUGGAAGACAAUCUGCAUAAUUUGUCCAGUACUGGCCAAAAUGACAACAUAUCUUACAAAUCUCAUCAUUAACACUUAGAUUAAAAAAAAAAUUAGAAAUACGUGAGCGAUUCUCUUCCCACGAAAACUUUCUAAUAGACUCUCUUGUGAUAUUGGAUUCAAUUUCCAUAUUUUCACGCAAAAAACACUCUCUUACAUACACGUAAUGUUUCACGAACUCUUUCUAGGAAACAGCGACAUUUUCGUUCCAAUUUUAGAUUAUUAUAGCUGAUAAAAAUGGUUUUCCGUCCCCUUAAAAGCCAAAUUAAACAUAGAAGUACAUAUUAUUAUACACGCCUACUUUCUUAGCAAUUAGACUCAAUUACGAUCGAUUAGGCAUUGUCUUUUGUAACAAUUUUAGCUAGGGACAAUUAAAUUCAAGCGCUAGAAGUCUAAGGAACAAUUGUUAAAAUAAUUACACCAUUUUCGACGGAAAAAUGAGAUUAAAGUAGUCGUUUGAACAGCACCGUGGUUUUGAUGCAAAUGUAAAUUUUCUUUUAAACAAGUCUAUAUAUGAAUUACAAAACUCUGGAAAUAAUAGUUAUUGAAACAAACAAAUUUCCCAUUAGAACAAAAGAACGAUUUUGGCUCUUUAAUGAAGGCAUCAUAAAAUUGUGCGCUAGAAAAGUUUUUUAGAUAUGCACAACAAUUUCGUCGCAACGGAAGGGGCUUCUGUGAACGGAAAUGGAAUUUUAGUUGCGGUUUUCGACUUUGGAGAGCAAUGACGACGGUCGUCUACGAGGAAUGUUAUGAUGAAUGAUCAUAGUUGUAUGAGAAGACAGAUUACUGCUUGAACUAUACACUUACCCGGCCCUAUGUGAUCCAUCGAACUUUGAAAUCAAAUAUUGCAAACAUUAACGUGUGCCUUAACAGUGCCAUUGGCCAAUUCAUUGAAUGGGGUGCUCCCGGGAAUGCUCUGACGUCACGGUACUUCAGGGGCUGGGAAGUAAUUGCGCAACGGUAGAGAGAGAUGUGAAAACACGCUGCUUGCAUCCAGUAUCUUCAAAAAGACAAGGCCUUCGCACGAUACGGACCUACAGGAAAGACCAGUUGUCGUAGAAGUGAAAAGACGAAACUUAACGACAACUCAAAAAUGCCUCUCCUAGUACGGGGCUGGCUGUUAGUUCAAGUUCUGACAAUUCUUCACUCAAAUCAGAGGAACACCGUCCACGGAGGAAUAAGUAAGUCUUUUCUAUUUGUUCUAAUGUCUAGAUUUCUUUGAGCGAUCCCUAUUCAGUCGGCCUUUACUUUAAAGAAAGUUAUCCGUCAGUACCAAACUAUUUUUAAACACAGACGCACAAGAUCUAUCGACAAUGAGGUUUGGUUUUCUUAUGCAAAGUGAGACGUGUUCAAAGCUUUCUGAGCAUCGUAUUUAUUGCGAUAUAGUUCAACUACGCACAAAUCAAAAGAAUUUGGACAGAUCCAAACACUUUUAUUUGCUAAUUCCAUUUACUUAAAGCAAACAUAAACUUGUCUCUAGUCCUACUACACCUACACUAAAUAAAUAGGAGAUUAAUUUGAAAUUAGGGACGCAUUUUCCAGACUUAUCCAGCUAGAAAUGUUAGUGUGAAACCAUGCGCCUUUCAAUAUACCUCAUUUUUUUAUGAACAUGCAUGAAUGUCUAAAUCUUCCGUAGGGAUUUGCUGAAGAGAUCGAAUGUUGAUUUUUGGCUCAGUUAUUCAAACUGAGGAAGAAAUUUAACAAGGAGUCUUUCGCCUUUUGUGAAAAAAGAGUUGAUGAAACGCUAGAAAGCUGGAAUUCAAUACAUCUACAUAAUAUCAAUUUCGGAAAGCUACCCGCGUUCAUUUUGGGCAGUUUUUUUAGUGAAGAGGAUAACAACAUCUUCGCAGUUUUUCGCAAGAGUAACUGUAUUUGUUCAGGCAAUUUUGAAAACGUAUUGUUCAAAUGAUUGUCUAUUAACUCAUUAAGGUAAUUUUUCCGCAGGGAAAAAAAGUGAUCGAUUAUUAUUGAUUGUUAUUGAAUGAAAGACCUUUUGUUAAUCCUAUUUGUAUCGUUUCCCGGCCCUCUUCUUUUGUAAAGAAAUGUAUCUUCUUUUAUUGAAGAAAUCUUUCCGCCUCUGCAAACAAAUAGAUCUUCAUUUACAAGAGAAGAAACAAAAUAGGACAAAGAGCACAAAAGCGUUCGAAAUAUCAUAAAAAUUAAGUUCCUUUUCCCGUCGUUAUCAAUGUUAAGCUUCGGGUUGGUCUUGAAAAUAUUGAUCUUUUCCUGAAACCACGCACUAGCAAAGCAAGCAUGCAUCAGCGGACGAUAUUUGCCACAUAUGCCAUAAUUUUGAAUAAUUUUCAGACCGCAAAUUAACAAUUUUAGAACAGAGUCAGCCCCAAAGUUUCGGCGGAUCAAAUAUUUCAUCGUUUGGUACUUUGAAUUUGUUAACGCACAAAGAACAUUUCUAGACAUCAAACCACAUUUGAAAGGAAUUUAUCGAGGGUCUCUAACCAUGAGAACAUAGGGAAGUCUUUGCGGUUUCAAUUGAAGGAUCUUUGUUAAAGAGAACUGGUGGCGCCAUAAAAACGCUGUUUUUGAACUCACAGUUUGACAACAGGAUUGUGGAGAUAUGCAAAGAAAAACUUGUUUUUUCAAAAUUACUUUUUGCCAUGGAGAUCAUUUGUUAUUUAUUGAAAAUAAUGACAAUUUAUUUGUAAUUAGUUAACUAAUGACAGAAUCAAGUCAAUGCUCAGAAGAAAAAAAAAAGGUUUACCAAUAUCAAGUGCUCUUUUGAACGUACAUACGUGAAGAUUGAAAAAUGUUCCGCCCUUAUUGAAGUGAAUAUGCCGUAAAUACUUUGUUGCUUAGAAAGGUCGCCACUUUCUGGGGUUUGCAAACCGCAGUGAAUGACGCAUGCGGCGAAACGUGCCAAGUGAAACGCGCGAGAAGUCUUAAAAGAUAUCGUGUGAUAAAUAUUCGUAUCUGCACGUUAAUGGCUGUUUAUUAAACAUGACGUUGUAUUACUAGGUACGAAUUUGUUUCGAUUGUUUCUCGUCCAUAAUUACUUUAUAUUGGCUUUACAUCUCAUCCAAGAUAAAUCUAUUUCCAGAAAAGCGCUUUCUUGGAGAAAAAACAUCUUUAAAAUGAUUUUAUUCACGAAAGAUUAGUUUUAAAAGUUCACAAUUAUUCUCAUAAGAGAGAACGUAGGGAAUGCUUUGCUUCAGUUCCUCGCUGAACCAAAUCUAGUCACGUGCCGUGUUUCCAUAGGAAUAUCAGCGCUGACAUAAAUGCAUUGCGAAGCACUUGUCUCUCGCUAAAUUUUUGUCGUCUGGGUAAAGUAUUGACACUUUCCGCAUUGAAAACAUGUUGCCAAACUUGAUGAGUUUACCACAUUUUUCAUCUACUGAAGCACCGUAAAUUUUUAGAGCUAUGCUUGACUUGAAAAAUUCUCAAUUGCAGAAAAAAAAUUCUGGCUUUGAUGAACCUUAUAAUUAACGCAAAUAGGGUAAACCUUCCUUGAAGAUCACAGAAACUUUAUUGAACAAUUACUAUGGAAGUGAUAUCAAGUUCGAUUGAAAUAAAGUCUCCAUCCAGAGAUCGAGGGAUAAAAAUAAAACGAAUGAUUCCAGAAAAAGAACGAUAAAAGAUCAUUUCACUGAUAAACUAAUAUUAAUGACAAUUGCAAUACAGUAGAGCAUAACUCUCUUCCUAUAUUGAUUAGCAUUAAUUCAUCUAACAAGCUGUGAAAGACUGAAAAAGCCUUCUAAUCAUUGAACAAAUUCACUAAGAUAGUUUAAAAAGCAAUAAGGAUUUUCCCUCUUAUGAUUUAACUAAUUAGGAUUUAUUUCAAUUUUUUUUUUUUGGCUAUUAGUGUUGUUAUUAGUAUUACCGUUAUAAUAUUGGGUCACUACUGAUAUUGUAUAUUGAUUGUUUUUCAGAUGAUUGUUACUCCCUCAUCACUGCAAACUCAAAGUUUUCAGCUUCUUCGAGUAACGUCCCUGGUGGUCCAGGGUUCGCAAAGAUUAAUGGGAAUGUAACGUGGUGUGCAGCCAUUCCAAACGAUAUGCAAUAUCUGACAGUCGACUUAGGUAUGACACUUCCAUCUCUUAUACCUUAAGUCAAAAGCUCUUCUCCGUGUCUUUAAAAUCUUUCAAGGGAAAGUAGAUUUAAGACUUUUGUUUAAGUGACAGUUAGUUUUUUUAAAUGUUCUACGUACGCUGUAUGGUUCCAAAGGGCCAACGUCAUUGGGCGGUGGAUAUAAAAACUUCAGGAAGAUAGCCAUCUAUGUGAUUCACUUGUCCGCCAACUUAGCGAAACGAUUUCUACGAGACGGUUUUCUUUUUUUGAGCCCUGUGUCAUCUUCAUUAAGAUCUACAAUGAAAAGAAAAUGUAUUGGCACCUCCAUUACGUUUCGGGUCUUUCUGCAAUUUUCAUUUGUCUCCCCCACUUCUCCAUUUCAAUGUUGCCUAGUGUUAAAAAAAAACGGUCACUAAAUUUUUUCACCAUUGUUUAGGGAGAAGGAAGGACUUUCAAAUAAAUAAUUAAAGAUGAAUUGCAAGAUUUUUGUUAAUUAUGUUGAGUGGAGGGUUGUCGCCCACCUUCAGUUUGUCUUUUAACUUCUUUUUAAGUUGCUAAUUUUUUAAUUUUUAUUUUAUUUAUCUUCAUUGCGCUCAUAAAAAGAUGAUUCCUCCAGUGCUAAGUACUAUAUCCAGUACUAAGUACUAUAUAUAAUAUAUAUAUAUAAUAUACAUAUAAUAUAAUAAUAUAUAUAUAUUAGCAUUACUCUUCAACUUCUUCAACUUCUUUAACCAUUAUUUUCUAGGUUUUAGUCUCUUGUUUGAUCGUGUCGUCAUGCAAGGGUUGCCAAACUCGAGAAGAUCCGUAUCACAAUACAAGUUGAGCUACAGUGCCAACAAUCAAGUUUAUACCACUAUUAAUAACCAGGUGAGACCUAAUGAAAGCAAAAACAAAAGUAGAUCAAUCCAAAUUUUUCAAUUGUGAUGAUCUGAUAAGGAAUACAUCGUGAGCUGGAAAUCAAAGAAAAGGUUACUUAUCAGUCAUCACGGUCUUCGUGGAUUACUGAUUGCAAUUAAAACUCAUGGAUACUUAGUUCAUGUUUUGUUUUUCAUUAAUUUCAAUUCAAUUUAGCCUCUCAUUUAUCCUCUAGUUUGAACCAAAGUGGUAAAAUUAUCAGUUUCUCACCGUCGCUGUUGCCAUUAUCGCUAAACUGAGUGAUCGUUAUUCGCUAAGUGUCAUUCGUUAGUUGUUAAUUGCUAAUUGAAAAUCGCCUGUGGGUCCAUCGUGAUGGUUAUUUUUUAUUUCUCAUCUUAUCCCUAAUCGCAAUCGAUUUUUUGGUAAUACUUCCUUGAAAAUAAAGUUGCUCCUUUUCAUUUGUCUUUCAGUAUUUUUUUGGAAGUUUGUACAACGGUAAUUCUCUGAAGGCAACUGAUCUCACCACGCCUCAAACUAGCCGAUACGUGAGGUUUUCUCCAAUAGAACCUAAAGGAGUGAAUGAAAACUAUUUCUGCAUGCGAGUGGAUGUACAAAGCUGUCACGACGGUAAGUUUGAAAUUACCUUCUUCUAUGGUCCUUGUAAAGUGUAAGAGGUGGAGUUGUGGGCAAACCCGCCUUUAUUGUGGCGGGUUCACAUUCGUUAUCCGUCAGUUCACCUAAACUGAAAGCAAACUCAUUAAAGUUGCCAUUCAACUCAGUUUUUUUGAAAGUUGCCCGGGAUCAUAUUGUACAGUUUUAUCUGCUGUGGACCGUAGGGUCAGAUACAUCAUGCCGGCAUACAUUUCGACAUACUGCCAUGAUCACGGCAUAGGGCAUAAUUCAAGCAUAAUGGCAAAUUCCCUUGAUGUUACAGUUCAACAAGAGAUAAAUUCUGUAGCCUGAGCGCAUCCAACAGUAAGCCUCUUUUUCUAGCUCGCGUUUCAGAAAUUUGAGCUGGUAAAAUGUCGUGUUCUGAGCCACGGUAAGCUACGUUGUACCUGUUAGUAAUAGGAAUAUGAGAGGAAGGGGAGGGGGUUGAAAGGCUUAAAAGCUAUUCUUUUAGAGCGAGUAAGAAGUAGGAUAGAACAUGACAGUUAAUUUUUCCAGGAAGAAUUGGUUAUGGUAAGGAUAACUGUUCAGCGUGUUAAAGCGCUCUAUCCAAGAUAGGCCACUUUGAUAUUCAGAUGCCACUCGCUUAAUCUACCUUACUGAGGCUUACUUAUUCAAGUCCUUUUUAUCAGAGAGGUACAUUGGAAUUCAGGGCCUGUCGGGAGCGCUAGAAUGUUUAGUGGUAUGUAGUUGAGGAUCCCAGAAUCAGCAGAAUUAGCUUAAGAAAAAGGAAAGAAAGCCUUUAAACAUAAAAUUAUGAAAAUAUACACAUUUAAUGACAUUUUAGUUUCGCUAUCUUAUUAUCGCUAUGAUAGUAAAAAAAAUUGUUAAGAAGUUGAGGAAAACCGCGUGUAUUAAGUGCUUGUUUCGUGAAAUGGGGUCUGAUGCGUGUCUUUCUCUCGUGCUGAAUUACAAGACCCAAAUCCUAUCGAUGGCGGAUGGACCGAGUGGACGGUUUGGAGUCAAUGCGCCCGUUGUGGUGGUCUCAAGGCUCGCACAAGGACGUGUACCAAUCCUGCACCUGCGUUUGGUGGUCUGGAUUGUGAAGGGGCUGAUACCAUUACUCAGUUCUGUCCUAACUAUUGUCCCGGUGAGUAUUCAUGGCCUGGACUACUGUUUAGAUAAAAACGGAACGAGAGAUUACAUCACGUUACUUCAUUAAUGUUACCUUGAUAACAUAGUAUCAGCAGAUAACAGCAGAAAAAGCGUUGGGUGUGAAUGGGGGAAAAGAAAACAUUUCUAUGCACAACCAUGAGCAUGGGACGAACAAGAAGUUAAGUCACUUCUCGAGGAUUCGAACCCAACUCCCAAUUCUUUGGAGCUCAAGAUUUCUUUCUUAAAUAUGAAACUAACCCACGAUGUUUUCUUCAUAGUUGAUGGUCAGUGGUCCGCAUGGGGUGUGUGGUAUCCCUGCUCUAAAACAUGUGGUCAAGGAACGAAAUUCAGAGCACGUGAUUGCGUUAACCCACCUCCAUCCAAUGGUGGAGCAUUCUGUGUUGGUCAAGGAUAUCAAUCUUACCCCUGCAAUAACGGCCCAUGUCCAGGUAGGCUUGUAUCAUGUAAGAUCAUGGACUAUUUUUCGAUUGAUGCUCUGAAAACCACACCCAAAGUUCUUACACUGGCCAUUCAAAACAAACUUAGAUACGAGGAGGAGCCCAUGAAAACUAUAAAUAAGAAAAAAUAAAUAAAAACAAACAUCUGAUUGAUUGAGAUGGUAGCUUAAGUUUUAGCAAGCUAAUCACAGAGUGAAAUGAAGAAAACUCAAUCAGAUCCUCGAUUACUUUUGACACUCAAUUAAAACUUGCCAACUCCAACCAUUGAUUGUGCAUUCUUAAAGACUCUAAAUUAAAGUUAUCUUGCUUUUUUUUCAGAUCCUACAACAGUCCCACCACCAACAACUCAGCCAGGUAACCUGCUUAAGUUUCUUCACUACACGAUAUUUCCUCAUCGGUUUCAUAUCAUAGUUAAUUAGAACACGCUGUGAUUGAAGGGUUUGACUGCGAUGGUAGCUUAUUGGUUAACGUAUUUACUACUAUAUCUACAGCUACCACCACAGAGGCUACCACUACUACUGCAGCAACGACAACAGAAGCAACUACAACUGCAGCUACGACUACAGAAGCUACCACUACCGAAGCAACUACAACUAAGGCUGCUACCACCACUGCAGCUACCACAACGGAGACUGUCACCACAACUGAGGCUCCCACUACGACUAAGGCUGCCACCACAACUGAGGCUGCUGCUACAACUGAGGUUGCUACUACAACUGAGGCUGCUACCAUAACUGAGGCUACUACCACAACUGAGGCUGCUACCACAACCGAGGCUGCUACCACAACAGAAGCUGCUACCACAACUGAGGCUGCUACCACAACUGAGGCUGCAACCACAACUAAGGCUACUACCACAACGGAGGCUGCUACCACAACUGAGACUGCUACCACAACUGAAGCUACUACCACAACUGAAGCUACUACCACAACUGAAGCUACUACCACAACUGAAGCUACUACCACUGAAGCAACUACCACAGAGGCUCCAACCACCACGGCUGCCCCUACCACAGCUACACCUACAGGUUUGUAAACAUGUGUUGCAGAGGUAUUUAUCCUUGUACCGAAAUAUUGUAUACCAUUUUGAAUCCAUGAACGCGGAGAAGAUUAGUUGACAAAAUUUGAACAAACAUUUCAUCCGUGCACCUUUAGGUUAUUAAUACAACGAUUUAUAAUCUCCAGAGUUUGUUUGUGUAGUUCAUAUUUGUAUAAUCUUGGAAUCCUGUCACCGAUGCGAAUAAUAAAAAUAGGUCAACAGAUUUUCCAUCUAGUAAUAGUUGUUUCCUUUAAUUUUCGGCUACCAUUUCGUUCUCUUUCACGUAGAGUGCUUCGCUCUCUCUUCUUUCCGACAUCACCCUUUUUUCACAUCUUUUUAGUCGUAUCUUUUCCUGAAAUUUUUUUUUGCUUCUCAAACUACAGGAAUACCUGGCCUCUCGGAUAUCGAUAUCACAUUUGCCUUGAGUGCGACAUCAGCCAACUCCAACGCCACUUACACAUUCAUGCAGAACACACUUAAAACAUUCAUCGACAAGUACGGUGCCAACCAAAUCCAAUACAGUAUCAUUGUAUAUGGCGACCGCGUCGAACGUGUGGUGACCUUCAAUAGCUCCUUUCCCCCAACUGACAAUCAACUGAAAUCAGCCAUCGACGCGCAGUCAGCAUUGGCGGGAGGUCCUGUCCUAGAAGAUGCAUUGCAGGAAACUUUCAAAAUCUUCAACGAGUCAAAAGGAAGACCUGCUGCCAAGAAGGCUCUAGUAGUUGUCACAGAUAACAACUCUGGAACAGAUAAGGGAAAGCUCUCAGCUGCUGUAAAAACGGUAGAAGAACAAAACGUUUUAGUUAUUUCUGUGGCUGUUGGAGGCGUCGUGGAUACAAAUGAGUUGGCGAUCAUCUCACCCAAUCCCCUAGAUGUUAUAUCGACAAAUGUGAAUGAAAUUCCGGAGAAAGUGGGUGACCGCGUCAUCGACAGAAUAUUGAGACGUAAGGAACUAUUUUGCCUAUUAUCCACUGAACAUAACUGGUAGUCCAGUCUCCGUAGCUUAUUUUUUUAUGAACGUAAAUCGUUGAAAAUCAUACCACUCAUUGAUGGAAGGCACCAGUAAUAAACUUGGGUUACCUUGAAAAUGCAUUUGAGUGAAAGGGUAGGGGCUUGAAACCAGGACCUUGCGACUAGGGCCAUAUAGUCUCAAAAAUAAUUUGAGAAUUAAAAGUAACGACUGUUUUUUCCUGUUAACCAGGUACUAUCCCAGAUAUAAACGUGGGUUUUGCCAUCCGAGACGAAGAAGUAGAAUCUAUAGGUCUCUUCACGUUGAUGCAAGACACUAUUAAUACAAUUAACCAUCGGUAUGGAACAGAAAGAGUCAAAUACACAGUCAUUUUAUACGGCAACAUCAAUUCUACGAGUGUGGACUUCUCCAACCGGAAUGUCAAUCACAGGGAGCUCAUAUCGAUUGUGACGAGUUUAGAAAGAGUUCCUGGGGCUAUUGAUCUUCAAGCAAAGCUAACAGACGCAGAAGCUUUAUUCCGAUCUUUACCAAGUAUACAAGGGAGCAAGAAAGUGUUCAUUGUACUCACAGAUGUGACUGCGGGUGGAAAUGAAAGUGCAAUUACUUCAGCGGGUGCUUCAUUGGUAAGGGAAGGAAUCCUUGUCUUCUCAGUGAAUCGUAGUGAAGAUGGAACUAACGUGGUGACAGUAACACAAAUUGACUACCUUGAUAUUCCAACCUUCACUACGGAUCGGUCAGUUGUCAUUGCAGAGACCAUCAUAAGGAAAGCAUCGUCAGGUAAAAUAUCAGCUUUUUCUGUUAGGACACGAUUCAUGAUGCCCCUAACACCAGCUAAAAUAUGUCUCAUUCAUCAAACGUUUCUCGGUAGGAAGUCCCUUUUCCUAUACAUGGCAACCUCCACAAGCUUUGCCUCUAAUCCUUAGGCAGGUUAAAUGUUUUCCUGCAAAGUUCGCCACCGUUUUCGCCAGUCGUCUAUUCCAUUCGCCCUUCGAGUUAAUCAUCUCUUAAGCUUGAUGAAAAAAUCAUCUCUUCAUUUCUCAGGCACUAUAUGCAUGGCUGCCUCACGCAUGACUUUUUUUUAGAACAUUGGCGUUUUUUGUAUGAUUUAUUUCUUGGCGUAUAUUUUCUUUAUUUCAGCGAAUAUCCCUCUGAUCGAUCUGACCUUCGCACUCAGCGCGACCUCAGUCUCGUCUGACUUGACUUUCUUCCUGAUGCGAAAUGCAGUCACUGCGAUCAUAGACAAAUACGGUAUUGACAGAAUCCACUACAGCGUGAUCAUCUUCGGCUCUACUGUCAUCAGAAGGGUGACCUUCGACGAUCAAUUUCCGGAAAAGAAUGCAUUAAAUAGGAUUGUGAGCAGAUCUCAAAAAGUUGUCGGCGAGCCAAACCUAUUGGCAGCUCUGGAAGAGGCGAAGCGCCUUUACGAACUACAAUCGGUCAGGUCAAAUGCCAGGAAAGUUCUCGUCGUCAUUCUGGACGCCCCAUCAGCCAGUAAUGCUACGGCAGUGGGGCAAGCUGUCACUGACCUUGAUAACAAAGAUGUUCUCGUCAUCGGGGUUGGAAUGGGAAGUUCGGCGAAUGAAAAUGAUUUGAUUGGAAUUACGAAGGACGAUCGACACCUGAUCGAUGCACCUCUAAACAAGUCACACCGAGAAGUAGCCCAAGAAAUUAUCGAGGCCAUAUUUUAUGGCAUUAAUAGUACGUAUCUAUGCUUCAUUAUUUUCCUCUGUUUUCCACUACUUUUUUUGUCUUUUGUCUUUUACUAUUUGAGCCGGGGUAAAAACGUUAUCUCGAUUGGCAUCUCUGACUUUUUUAAUCACCUUUCAUCAAAAGCUACUAAAAUUUGCAUGCAAGGUUUGUUCUAUGAGAGAAACUCAGUUCACAGUUAAUUCUUUUUCGCUGGUUCACAUUUUGAUUAGCAAGAUAAUCUGGGACUAGUUGCUUCAUGAGCGGAUAGAGCUAUUUAACGAUUGAUGGUUACCACUGUAUACAGAUUCGCUCAGUGAAGGGUGAUUUCCACUCUUCCAAAACCCGUGCUUAUAUCCACUUCCUUUCGAAUAUCUAUCGCUUUGAUGAUCUUGUCAUUUCCUUUGAGAAGUUCUUUCGUUGCUGAGGAUGUAUGAAAAACACCGCAAAGAAAACAGCUGAUGAAUCGGACGAUUCUGCACUGAGAAUACGUGUAUGCAUGUUGAUAAACCUUUCAACAAAGCUGAAAUUUGUAUUUCAGCUGCCGGAUUCAGUCAAUGGGGAGAUUGGAGCACAUGCUCAGAGCCGUGUCGUUCUGGUGGUGUUGCUGGCACUCAACAGCGCAGUCGUAUUUGCGAAAUUCCCAGACGAGGAUGCUUCGGUCCCACGGUGGAAACAAGAGAAUGUAACACUCAAAACUGUCAAGGUUAGGAGACUGUUUUCAAAAUAAGGUUUUCUGUGUGUUGUUUCGAUACAAUUCAUUGUUCGAGAACAUUCAUAGAAUAUGUUAAAAUUUUUUUGCAGUUUGCGGAGAAAUAGGUCCAUUGGAAGAUAGUUCUUAUCAAGCUUCGAGUUCUGUACAGUUACCACGAUUCGCUAAACUAAACACGACUGAUCCUGGUGUUAACAGGCGAGGCUGGUGCCCAUCUCCAGAUGAUAAUGACCCGUAUCUCCAGAUUGAUUUAGGUAAAAAAAAAAUUAAAAAAUGAAAUGAUGAAUCUGUCUUAAAAUUUUUAAUUUAACAGUGAUGUAGUUUUAAAUGAUACAAAUAAACUGCACCGAUUUGAAGCAGAAGUCAACUAAAUCUGCCCAUGGUCUGCGCCGUAGGUCGUCCUAAAAGCAGGUGAAUCUGAGAUCUCAGGAUUUCAUGUUAGAAUUCAUUUUACAUUCUCUUUUUUUAUGUUUACACCUUACCUUUACGGUUAAAACAGAAAAACGAUAUUCCAGACGGAUAAAUCUAACUGUUUCCAACAGCAGGCAUUUGAAUGGUUGUUCCUAUCUUCCUCUGAGUCGCCAUGGUUUCUUCCCAUAAUAGUAUAAGCCAUUUUUUGGCAUUUGAAAGCUCUUUCUUAAUUUAUCUGUCCCUUUUUGUGAUCAAUCAUUUAUCAGCUCAUCUUUCUCUUACAGUUGAUAGUGUCGAUAUCAGUGGUCUUGCCACAAAGGGGCAAGAUUUUUCUGGACUUGAACGCUGGGUAACAAGUUACUAUAUCUCAUACAGUGAGGAUGGAUUCAAAUACAUUGAGUAUGUAGAAGGAGGCCAGAGGAAGGUAAGCUGAAUGCAGAUAUGAAUGCAGAUAUGAUUUAUUUUGACACUGAGUUGUAAAGGGAGAAGCAUAUUACACUGAUCAUAGACAUCUAGGUGGUUUAUUUAACGACGAAAGGACCAGAACUACCUUUAAUAAUUCAUUGUUUACUUGAACUCUCACAGGAUAGCAUUUUGGAGCAUUAUGAUUAACGAAAGAAUAUACUUUUCUGGGUUGUCAGUCAGUGGAGAGGAGCACGAUAAAUUGCGGACGACGUUCAGCGGAUUUUAGGACAACCAGCAAUUUUCCUCUCCAACCCUCUAACUCUCUCUUUUCGCUCUUCGCUUAUUCACUUGCCUUUUCUAACCAAAAACCUAUAACGGGUCGGAAAGAAACUUACUCCAAAAUGAUCACAUAACUGAAUUUUUUCCCACACACUGAAGUUGUCACAAAAAGCUUUUCAGGAUCGUAAAAGCAAGUACUUUAAAUCAAAAGUUUUCCCUGACGGCGAAAUGAUUAUCUUUUAGGGUUUCCUUAUCCUGUUUGAUUUCUAUGUGAACAAAGAAACAGAACGCAACAAAAAUCGAGAACACAACGCUAUUUCUAGAAGGCAGAAAUCUAAGGGUCCGUUUCUUCUAUAUCAUUUACCUUUUCAGAAUUUCACUGGCAACACAGAUCCAACGAAUAUUGUCAUUAACGAGAUCAAUAUAACGACAGCAGCCAAAAAAAUCCGAUUCCAUCCUUUGACGUUCGUUGAGCAGGCGUGCAUGCGAGCCUCAGUGUUUGGGUGCCCUCCGCCAGGUAAAUACAGUUGGAAUACGGUGAAAAUCAUUCCUUUGAAAGAACAUGAGACACACGAUGCCCUGGGUACCUGUGGACUGCGGAUCGUUAGAUCUGUUUACGAGCCGUAGCUGGCUUAUUUUGUUGUGUUUUUGAACAAGACAAUAUACUCAACGAAUACCCCUACCCUUUCCACCCAAGAAUAUAAAUGAUGUGUAACGGCUACCCGUCGGGUGACCAGAAAAAAUAUGGGGCGGGGGGCAAAACAUUGCAAUCCGGGGGAAGUAGCAACACUAUGCUCCUUUUUUAUUCCACCUAUGAAAACAAUUACCAUUGCGGUCACGUAAUAUGACUCGUAGACUUUGAAGAAAGACUAAACUAAACCGUGUAGAUCAUGCUAAGCAAGCCACAAAUAAUGCACCUCUACACUGGAAUCCUUAAACGAUAAACUUGAUGGAAUUCUCCUUUUCUUGUAGAGGUCGGAAGUAUCAGUAGCCCAAUAGCACAAACUGGAAUCUGUAAGUAACUGGUUUUUGUUUCCACUUUUGGAGUUAUUGGUCUGAAAUUCAUUUUGAAAAAUUAUUUUUUCUACUUUUUCCGCUGUAGUUACAACUCCAAAAAGAUAUAGAUGCUGGAGUUAAAAGCCAUAGAAUGAAAGUAGAGAUUACUUAAUUAAAUUCCUUGUAUUAUCUUACAGUGAUCGCGCUAUGGAUCUUGGCCGGAAUUCUGUCAUUCCUCCUACUCAUGGCCUGUUGUUAUUAUUGUUGUUGGCAUGUCUGCUGCGGAAGGUAAAAGUGAAUUGAUUAUAAAACAUGACUUCUCUUUGCUAUAUCAAUACGUAAUCAAGCAAAGCAGGUUUCGAGAAUAGACACAUCAGUUAGCUGGAGAGUUUUUUCUUGCUAUGGUUCCAUUUAAAACGAAACGUAGAACAGUUAAAAACCAAAAUAUGGAUCAGAUACUGUGAGUUUAAGGGGAGUUGACCACCUUUUACAACGCUGUCAGAAAAUUGAAUCUGUAAGAUGACAAAACUUAAAAAGCCAAGUGUUUUUUCAGCCACGAAAAUAUAAGUUUGAAUUUAAAAGAAUUCAAACCUUUUUGAAUGAUGCAAAGCUUGAAGAGCUAUUGGAGCUUUUUUCGGCUGAAUGUGAACGAGUAACCGGUAUCAAAUUGUUUGGAUCAAUAUCAGUAUCUGGACAACUGCCCACCUAUCCCUCCCCUAACCCAACAACAGUCUAUUGAUAACAAGUUAGGGUUAAUGUUGGGUUAGGGGAGGGAUAGGUGGGCAGUUGCCCAGAUACUGAUAUUGAUCCAACUGUUUUCAUUCAAACAGCUUUAGAGAUCGGUCCAGAAAAUUCAUGCUAUCACAACCAAUCAAAUACAAAAUUAAAACCGAAUUGGCUUCUUGCGUUUUCCCGCCUAUAGUUUUUCCUUCAAGUUCUGAUUUGCUCUGAUUGUAUUCGGAAAGCGCCCGAAGCAUUAACGCUUUAUCUUACUUGCUUUGCAGAGGUAAAAAGAGGCGGGGUUUGACGGCCUUUAGACACACAUGGAUGGACGACCCAGAUGGAUAUCUUAUCGAAAGUUUAGAGAAGAGAUGGAGGCUUCCGUCAGCGGAUAUAAUGACUGCAGCUAAAUCUGUUCCUCAGGAUGAAAUUCAAGAGGUCAUUGUGGAUAUGCAGGACGAGAAUUUUAAGCCAUCAGGUAAAUUGGCUCAUUUCUGAAAUUUCUUACCACUGAGUGGCACAAAUCACUCACAAAAGAAUUAGAAUAAUCUGACCUUAAAUUUAUCAUUCGCGAGCUUAUAAUGAAAUUUAGUCUUGCUAAACUGUAAUUUGUCAUGCAUCGUUUGCCAGGAAAGGUAAAUUUUAUACUCUAUGUCUGUUUGCUGGGCGUUUUCGUUUGCAAUUCUGUUUCCCUCAAACGUAUACGCACCUGACGGAUCUCUUUAGUUUAACAUCAACGGUGCAAAGAUGGAAUAUAUUUCAAUUCAGUCUUACUUUUGUCAUUUUGUCGCUGACACUAAGAUUGCUUAAAAGAAGCAUUCACCAGCGUUCGAUUUUAUCCAAGUUAUUGACUGGACAGGGAAUUAUUACAUUUAUCUAUGUGGUCCAACGCUGCACACUCUUUCUUCUUGCCUUAAUUCUUCUAUUUCAAUUUUUACGUUAUUUAUUUUGAUUCCUCUCUCUUGGACUUUUAGGAGUAAUACAGUUCGGUAUUGAGGCUGAAGCAAGCAAAGAAGCUCCCGUCACUGCCGACACCGUACACUCGGAGACACCAACGUACUCAGAAGAUGCCGUCGAUGAUGUGAAAAAUGGCGCCAGUAUGAUAAGUCUAAGUUCGGAUACUGCACGGUACGCUUCCAUUAACAGAAGAAAGCGAAUCAAAAGUGACCCAUCUGCAGUUGGGCCGAAUCUUGGGGCAGCUUCUUUGGAACGAAACAGCACAAAAGGGCAGAGACGAGGCUCUGGUGUCACAAAUGAAGGAUUUACCAGGUUAGUUAAUGCAUAUUAGGGUCAAACAACUGAGUAGUUUGUUCUUGGCUUCAAGGCAAGGGAAUCGAAAGUAAACCGUAAUUGCAUUGGUUUUGGUUUAAGCUGUGUGACUGUACAAGAAAACGUACGAGUUAUGAUUGGCUUCUUAUUACAUUUUCCUUUGAUCUUAUAAAGCAUUAUAAUAACUAAACUCUUUAUUUAGAUCCAAGGAGUGGUUACUUGACGAUUCGCCCCAGGCCCGCCCUUUGACACCAGAAAUGAGACGUGCCGUAAGUGCAGACGAACUCGCUGUGGUUGACUAUGACAUGUUCGCUCCACCAAGUGGUCAGCCUGCUUUCAGAGGGGAGCUGGGUCGGGAUGGUUACAUGAGAAUGAAGCAAACUAACCCGGAUCAUACAUAUGAAGCACUUCCAAUCGGAAACGCUGACGUUACCACGGGAGCCGAACAAGUGAGGGAGGCAGUUGUUAUGGAAAACGAAGACCCGUUAUACGCUGAAAUACGUUUCAAUGAUGAGGUUGGUGAGACCUAGUUUAAAUUUUAUUUCAAGUCUAAAAAAACACCAUAGAGCUUGCACCUUAAAAACUAGAGUAAGCGUCAGUUUAUAGAAGGAUGUAACUUCUACCCCUUCUCUACCUUAGUGUCCUUGAUUCAACUUUGGCCUUUGAACUUUAUCUUUCUAAUAACCGAAAUACUACGAGCGCCCUGAUUGGUCAAAAAAUUGCACCGGUAAACGCUCAGAAAAAAAGUCUCUUAUGAAAAAGAGCUUUUCUCGCGUCCUCCCAACAUCGCAAGUGGGUUACUACGCUGGUAAACCAAUAUAACGUGCUGUCUAUUGCUUAAAUAUUCUAACAGCCUUUGACUCAUUUCGGGGGGGCUGAAUCUUAUUUUCAAUUACUUUUUUUCAACGGUAUCUCGAUUAGAAGCUUAAUUCUAAAUUCCUCAUUGUUAAGGAUAACUGAAAGCCUGAAGUCAUUAUUGUUUCCUUUUCUAUGGGUACAGGGAGAAAUGGUGGAGAUCAAGUGA